AUGGCACGUGGAUCUUCUUCUAGCGGUCGCGUGGCCAUCGCGGCCCUUGCGGGCCUUGGCCUUUGGGCAGCUGGCACUGCAUUCGUCCCUUCCGCUGGGGCCAAGGGACUGCGGGGAGCAGAGGGAUCCUCACAUGCUGGCUAUGCACCAUUCCCCACCCAGCAAGAGAUGGGACAGACGGAUGCUCCAAGCAGCCUGACUUCCAGCAUGCAGGCUGUCCUCCUGGCCGCGGUGUUUGGCUUCGUGGUUGGACUCGCCCCGGUCCGUGCCGAAGAAGAAGUGAGCCUUGAUGAGAUCGCCGCGGCGAGCAAGAAUGCGAACAUCAACGUUCAACGCCGCAAGAAGCGACUGACCACAAUCAAGAAGGAGGCAAAGAGCACGACCACAACCGACUCCGGCAAGCCGAAGCGUGUCAUCAUUUCCCCUGCAGACGAGCUGGAUGAGGAUGAGCUGUCCCCGCUGCGGCCGAACCCUCCACUGCUGAUCCUGAUCUUU